AACAUCUUCAAACAGAUAUGGACCUGUGAUAAUGAAAACUAUUGCAGCUACAUUAAAGUCAAUAUAGCCACACAUGUUAAUAGAUACAUACGAAUGUACCGCACGAGAUAGGGUAAGAUGUUGUAGUAGCAACAAUAAGGCAGUUAUCAACCCUGCGCGCAAUCGGCUUCACUCUCAACCUGGAAAUUUAUUAGAAACUCAAGUUACUUCAGCGGACACGAAUCUAUGUAUGUGAUCUAUGAUCUAAUCGCAAGUGUUACAAGUUUAUACACAGUGCAGUGCAAGUAAACCGUUGUUGUCUGAAGCAUCAGAAGUAUCACUUUUGGAUAUUACUUUUUCAAAACUCCUCUAUCGUCUCAUACUUACCAUUAUUUUAAUAUAAUUUAACCAACGAUAAACCAUUUAUUUACCGCAAAUAUUCCUAUCAAUAAUACGUUCAUGAAGGGAUUUAUAAUAUCUUUGAGAUCCUUGAAAAAAUAAAUUAUACUUUCAUAACUAUGAAACAGCAUAUUUGCAACUCAGUUUAAAAUAAUAGAAAGUGCUCAACAUAAAAUAAAAAAAAAAAAAUAGAGGAUGAGUACCCUUCUUGAUUCAUAUGACAGUGUGCCGGACAAUCCAAAUGCUACAAAUUUCCCAACUCUUUGGGAUUAUUUGGCAGACAAACGUGGACCCCAGAGACUUCCGCUGGAAGUUGCAAUUCCUUUAACUGCUGUCAAUGUGUUCAUUUUUAUCACAGGACUUAUUGGAAAUUUAGCCGUAUGUGCAGUCAUUAUCAAGCACUCUUCACUUCACACUGCUACGAAUUAUUACCUUUUCAAUUUAGCAAUUUCUGAUUUAACGCUUCUGAUAUUUGGUUUGCCGAACGAUGUUUCCGUUUAUUGGCACCAAUAUCCAUGGACAUUGGGUGAAGAUUUUUGUAAAAUUCGAUCCCUAAUAUCUGAAAUGGCCACUUACGUGUCUGUCUUAACAAUAGUGGCUUUUUCGACGGAAAGAUUUAUGGCAAUAUGUCACCCUCUUCAUAAACACGCAAUGUUAGAACUACAAAGAGUGUACAAAAUAAUUGGUAUAAUAUGGCUCGUCUCGUGCUUGUCAGCGGCUCCAUUUUCCGUCUACACUAGCGUCACAUAUUUACUUGAUCCAGCUAACGAAACUUUAAUUAUAGAGGAAUCAGCCUUUUGCGGAAUGACAUCGCAACCGAAAAACUUUCCUUUAGCAGAACUUAGCACUGUCAUAUUUUUUCUGAUUCCAAUGGUUAUUAUAUCACUGGAAUAUAUUCAAAUGGGUAUUAAAAUAGGUACCUAUUCUGAGCAAAAUGGCUUAAAAGGUUCAAUUCAUCGUGGUAGUCGGAAACCGCAAUCCCAAAAGACGAUCGUUAGGAUGCUUUCUGUCGUCGUAGUUGGCUUUUUCGUCUGUUGGGCCCCUUUCCAUGCUCAAAGACUUCUCUUCAUUUACGGACAAGAAUCACCUUAUUAUGAGAAAAUUAAUGCAUGGAUGUUUUACAUCACCGGCAUUCUUUACUAUUUCUCGUCAACACUGAAUCCAAUCCUGUACAACGUUAUGUCAAAAAGAUACAGGAAUGCAUUCAAAGAAGUUUUGCUUGGAAUUAAAGAAAAGAAAAGCAGCUUGAGAUAUAGCUCGACAUACAGAGAUACACACAAAGUUUCGAAAUUUUUGGAUGCAAACAGAAUCAAUUCGAAGGAUAUGCAGCAAAGAAGAUUUUCGGACACGACCAUUUUAAUAGUACCCAACGAAAAAUCUACGUUAAUGAAACCGAAUAUCGUCGACCACAAUUCUGUUUCAGUUGCCAAAAGCAAUUGUAAUGGAAAAUCGGGACCUUCGAUAGUCUAUGAAAGCGAAAAAUGUCAUGAGGAGACAAAGAUUUAAACGUAAAAUUGAAGACUGUUUCUUAAAGCCAUAAGUAUAUAAUCGUAAAUAUUAAAAUAAUUCUAGGUGACAAUGUCCGACUGCUUAACUGUGAGAUCAUUUAGUUGAAUGUUUAUUU